UGUCAUCUGACAUCUUUCGUCUUGAAAAAUGGUCGCUGAUAAGCGUUCUUUUUAUAUUUUAUUUCUUAUUAAUUGUAACUGAAAAAAAUUCUAGUGUAUAACAGACAUGACUGAAAAACAAAUUACGAUGGAGCAACUUGAAGAAACAGUACAACGCACAGACGAACAGUUAGAUAUUAUGGAGUGGAAAAUGGACAAUGUGGAAAAACAGAUGGCAGAGCCAAUCGACCAAGAUGUCUGCAUUGUAAAUUUGCUCAAGUCAGUCUCAGAGGUGCGCUCCGAUUACCAGCAGCUACGACGCGAGUUGGUCGAAGUGCAGGCGCUGCAAAGAGAACUAUCUACACGGCUUCGCACGCAGCUGCGCCUCGUGCACGGGAAGUUCGCACGUCUGCGACAGCGCAUUGCCGCUGCUUCGCCUCCACGUUGAUAGCUCGGAAACCAAAAACUCAACGAUUUUCAUACUAUUUAUGAAAAAAUAUAUGUUAUUUAUCGGUUGUGUAUAAUGCCUGCGUUGCAAAAAAAUUCUUAAUAAGUUAGUCCGACGUUGUUAUAAAUAUUUUCAAUAGUAUUUUUUUUAAUUACUCAUGAUAUACUUAAUGUUAUUUUAAAGGCUUUUUAGUUUACUUUUGUAAUGCGAUUUUAUGUAAACACACCGUAAUUAGUCACUAUCCUCAUGUCAAUACUAUUAUCUCUUAAAAUACGAAUAAUCGAACACGUGCCAAUAAAUAGUUAUAAUAGUUAUUAUAGCACCGUUAUCAAAUAUCCCUCGAGUUAAGGUAAACAUGAUCUCGUAGUUAGUUGUGAAAAUUUUCAGUAUCUACUUUUUUUUGAAGUAUUAUAUGCGACUGACCUUUUUGGAAAAUCAGUCAUGUGUAACUCCUUAAUAAGUAGCCUCGACUAGUCUGCGUUUAAUGUGACUUAUUUGUUUAGUUUGUUGUAGUUUCUUAGUGAUUUUCGAAUAUAGUAUUGUAAGUUGGUGCUACGCAUGUGGAGAAUGCAUGGAUACAUAAAAUGUGAGUAAUAAUAUUGUUAUUUGUUACUACAGUUUUGAGGUUAGUAUGGAAAAUUAAUAACAUUCAAAUUACGUGUUUUGUUAGAAGGUCUAAAGCAAUAUAUUUUUUUUAUAAAAUUUAAUAGAGUAAAAAGAGAAUUUAAUAAAAAUCGUUUAGAUUUUUUUUUAUUAUAUUGUUACAGAGGCAAAUCCUCUAAACUAAAUCAAUAAUUUUGAUUUUUAUAGAGAAAUAAAAAAAAAAUAAACGAUAUUAAAAAAUCGUUAUAAAUUAAACUUUUAUUUUUGUUAGCAAAAUCUGAUCGAAUUUAAAUAUGUGCUAAAUGAAACGAGUAAAUGGAAUAGUAGAUACUUUUGAGUUCGAUUUUAGAAUUAUUUAUUAGAAUUUAAAACAAAAAGGUAUUGACCUUUUUCUCUUUAUCACGACGAUAAGACAGCGCGUGACGAAAGAUAAAUAUUCUAAAUAAUGAUAAAUAAAUUUAUUCGUAUGAAGCUUUUUAGAAAUUUUCUCAAAAUAUGUAGUUAAAUGAUAAUAACAAAUUAGACAAUUUUUUCUAGAGUAUUUAUAAUAAUAUUCUAUAUUACUUCAUCGCAUUUAUUAUUGUUUGUAUGGUACACAGUUUUUAGAAAUGUAUAAUUCACUAUUCGCACAUAUCGUAUUUUGCAUGCGUAUCUCAUUUAUAGUGGUUUAUUGAAGUGAGUCGCAGAGGAAA